UCUCUCUCUCUCUCUCUGUCAGUCCCUCGACUUUUCCCAUAUAUUUUCUCCCCUUCCCCAUUUGCCAAACGCUCCCUUAGCCCCCUCUGCUCAGCAGCUCACUCACUCACUUCCUCGAAUUUACCAAAAUGCCCCACAAGCCCCCUCCCCACCGCCACGGCCACCAGCAGCCAUCCCAGCCCCACCAUCAGCAGCCAUCCCAGCCCCACCACCAGCAGCCUCCCAACCACCACGGCCGCCAGCAGCCUCCCAACCACCACGGCCACCAGCAGCCUGCCGACCACCAAUACCAGCCUCCCGACCACCAGUACCAGCCUCCCAACCACCAGUACCAGCCUCCUCACCGCCACAGGCCCCGGCCAUCCAGCCGGACGAACUUCGCCUCCUGUAUCGUGGCCACGGUGUUCCUCGUCUUCGUGGUCAUCGUGGUCCUCAUCGUCUUCUUCACCGUGUUCCGCCCCAAGGACCCGGAAAUCUCCGUGGCCUCCGUCCAGCUUCCCUCCUUCUCCGUCUCCAACUCCUCCGUCUCCUUUACCUUCUCCCAGUACGCCUCCGUCCGCAACCCCAACCGCGCCGUCUUUACCCACUACGACAGCUCCCUCCAGCUCCUCUACUCCGGGAACCAGGUCGGCUUCAUGUUCAUCCCCGCCGGCAAGAUCGCCGCAAGCCGCACCCAGUACAUGGCCGCCACCUUCGCCGUCCAGUCCUUCCCCCUCGCCGCCCGUCUCUCCCCCACCGCCGCAUCCUCCGCCGCCGAGGUCCAGCCGGUAACGGGUCCAGUGGUCACCGGCGGGGGGAUCGGGUACGGCGGAUCAGUGCCGGGAGGGGGAGGGGCAGGGUACAGGGUGGGGCCGACGCUGGAGAUCGAGUCGAGGCUGGUGAUGAAAGGGAGGGUUAGGGUUCUGCAUUUCUUCACCCACCAUGCUCGGACCUCCGCCGAUUGCAGAGUUACCAUCGCCGUCACCGACGGAUCCGUGUUAGGCUUCCACUGCUAAAACUCUCCUCUCCUUAAAAAUUAUUUUCCUUCAAAAUCAAUUAAUCUAGAAAUUAAUUAAUGUGUAAUAAUAGCCUUUUUUUUGUCUUUUUUUUAAGCCAUUUUGUAGGCUUUAUUUAUUACUUAGGAUUGACUGCAUUGGGUGUUCAAUUGUGUGCCCAAAUUUGUAAGAGGAAGUGUAAAAAUUGUCCUGGGAAUUGAAUUUUGUGCACUGAAUUUGUCUA